AUGGGUAAGGGAGGUAGGAGACGGGGGAAGGGUUGUGGUGGUGGUGGUAGUGGUGGUGGUGGUGGUGGUGGUGGUGGUGGUGGUGGUGGUGGUGGUGGUGGUGGUGGUGGUGGUGGUGGUGGUGGUGGUGGUGGUGGUGGUGGUGGUGGUGGUGGUGGUGGUGGUGGUGGUGGUGGUGGUGGUGGUGGUGGUGGUGGUCGUGGUGGUGGUGGUCGUGGUGGUGGUCGUGGUGGUGGUGGAGGUGGUGGCUUCACUGGUGGUCCAGGUGGUGGUAGAGGUGGUGGCGUUGCUGGUGGUGCAGGUGGUGGUGGCGCUACUAGUGCGUCCAGUGGAGGCGGCACUGCGGUGUAG